AUGAAUGAAUGGAGGCUCAAUGGGCAGAGCGCCCCGCCCCCGCCUGGCCACGCCCCCAACAUACGCCAAACUCUGGCCACGCCCCCGACGCAAGCCACGCCCACGACGCAAACCACACUCCUACGCAAGACACGCCCACGACGCCGGCCCCUAGCCCUGGCCACGCCCACGACGCACGCCCACGACGGAAGCCACGCCCACGACGCACGCCCAAACCCUGGCCGUGCCCACGACGCAAGCCACGCCCCGAGGCAAACCACGCCCCCGACGCGGGUCCCUGGCCCCGCCCCACAUGGCCACGCCCACGACGCCCAACAAAGCAGUGGCCACGCCCACGGCUCACGUCACGCCCACGACGCUGGCCCCUACCCCCGCCUGGCCACGCCCACGACGCUCGCCCAAACGCUGGCCACGCCCCCGACGCAAACAACGCCCACGACGCUGGCUCCUAGCCCCGCCCCGCAUGGCCUCGCCCACGACGCACGCCCAAACCCUGGCCACGCCCCGACGCAAGCCACGCCCAUGACGCUGGCCCCUACCCCGCCACCCUCCUGGCCACGCCCACGACGCACGCUCACGACGCAAGCCACGCCCACGACGCACGCUCAAACCCCGCCCCCUGGCGUCUGGGAGGGAGGGAGGGAGGCUGGGCCUCCGCCGCCCCCAUGGCGGGCCCCCCGUGCCCUCCGUGCCCCCCGUGCCCCCCGGGCCCCCCCGCGCCCUCCGUGCCCCCCGCUCCUCCCGCGCCCGCCGUGCCCCCCGCGGUCCGUGCUGGGCCUUGGCCCCUUGCGGGCCCUGGGCGCCGUGCGGCGGUUGGGGCUGCGGCCCCUCCUGCAGGCCCUGGGCCGCCCGGAGCCGGACCCAGAGCCGGGCCCAGCCCGGGGCCCCCUGCCCACGACGCCGCUGCUGCUGCAGUUGCCACCCGUGUGCCAGGCAAACCUCCUGGCCUUGUUGCUGGCCACCCGCCCGGCGCUGCCCAGGCCUGCCGUCCGGUCCCUGCUGCAGCUGGUCCGCUGUCCCUCUGCCUCUGACCCCUGGCUGAGGGCCCUGGGGGACCUUCUGGGGAGGGAACUGGGGGAGGCAGAGGAGGGGGCCUCCCUGCUGACUGCUGAGUGCAGGGAGCAGUUGAGGGGUCUGUGCCGGACACUCAGGGGACCGGACCGGGGGCUCGGGCCGAACCGCGCCGAGGUCUCCGUUGAGGCGGCGGAAGACAUGGGAUCUCAGUCAUACCGAAGGGGUAGGAAGGGGUUGGAGAGGGAAGACGACAGUCAGGAGGGAGAACGACCCCCCAAGAGGCCUCGGGUCCAGGAGGGUGAGGAGGAGGGUGGGAGUCCGGGGGAAGGGCCAUCAGCUGUGGCUGGCCAGGAGGGGGGAUCCCCCUCAGGGGCUGGAGAGAGCGAGGAGGACUCCAUCAGCUUGGGAGCAGUGGAUGGAGAGGCCUGCGGCAGGCCAGGAGAGACUCUGGAUUUGCCCCAGGACAUCAAGGGCCUGGUAUCCCAACUGUUGGAGAUAGAAUGGGAGGGACCACUGGGAAGCCCCCCCACCGACCUGCAUCUCCUCCACCAGUGCUUCCCCCACCAGUUGGAGGCUGUGUGUGAGCAGCUGCGAUUGUGCCAGCUCCCGGACACUGCCAUCUACCAGCUCAGCACCUGGCUCCUGGCCCUGGCACCUGACCUGAGCAGCAGCAGUGCCACUGUGCUGGCCCAGAGCCUCUUUCUGGACAAGAUUCUGUCCCUGACGGCCCCGGCCUCACGAGUUCUCACGGCUGCCCUGUCCGCCUUCUGUACUAAGUACCCACACGCCAUCGGCCUGGGCCUUUUUCGCCCCUUGCUGCUGUCCCCUGCCACAGGCCCCCUGCAGACAGGGCUACUUUGCCAGCUGAUGGAGAAGACCCUAGAGCCGGAGCAGCUGAUCCUGAUGUUGAGCCUCGCCCUGGACCUCCCCUGGACCGAGGCUACUUUCCCACUUCUACAGACCCUGCUGGGGCAGCAGCUGGCGCUGCCCCCUGAGACCUUGGACCAACUGUUGGGUCAGCUUUGCUGCCAGACUCCCGUCUUCGCCUCCUCCGUGGCCUUCUCCCGGCUAGUGCUGACCGUCCUGACCCAGUAUCGGAGUCACAUCACGGAAACACAGAAACUUUCCCUCGCUGCCGCCCUGCAGCUUAACACCACCUUUCUAAGGAAGACCCUGCUCACGGUCUUAGGAUGCCCACCGGCUUCCAGCAAGGCUCCACUCCCCUCCUAGGAAUGAUUUGACCACGAGGGAACCUGUCUGGUCCAGCUGUCCUUUGGUCCGAGCAGCUCAGCUCCCUUCAUGGUAGGACUCGGGGAACCCCCGGCAGGAUUGGCAGAGCCGCUCAUUAAGCUCAUAAUAAAGUUGGCAGGGAAGAUCAGGAAGCCAGAACUGCUGCCUGUGGGAUCUGCAUUACUGACCAGUUGCCACCAAAGUUCUGCACCCCGCUUAAGCCUGGCUCAGAUCCCAGGAGUGAGGGCAUGGGCGCCCACAGAAGGACCGCCUCUCUUGGCUCCGUGGAUCGACAGCUCCAGAUGUGUGUGGAUGGAAAGUUGGAAAGUUAAAGGCGAGCGUGGACAGUCCUGCCUCCAUUUCCCACAGAGCUGUCAGUGCUGGCUCCUCCAGUGAGGUUUCGUCUCGGGAACCUGGAAGUGGCAAGCAGGACCCUCGCCGUGGGCAGAGUAAGGCUCAAGAUAAUGAGGCUGGGACAUCUGACAACUAUUUGGCGUGGGCAUCGUAUGUCUGGGAGCUGGUUUGCCAGGCCCCCGCUGCUCUCCAUCUCCUCCUCUCCCGCCGCUUGCCUUUCCCCAGGGCGCGCUACGGCAGUGACCUGAGAACACCAAGCAGGAGGGACAGUGGAAGGAGAGCGAGGGCAGGGCUGAAUUACAGCUGGGUUCUAAUGUUGCCAGGUAAAUGGUGGUAUUAACCAGCGCCUAGCUCCAGAUCGGUUGUUCCCUCAGAUCUGGGGAAAUAAAGGAAAAGCCAAAUAGGGAAAUUUGGGGCUGGAGAAGAAAGAAAGUUGAACAAGCCCGGAGAAGGACAAAGGGGCACAAAACAGGGUGAGCUGUCUAGGAAGAGAUAGGAAGGUGUCCUAAAAUGUCAGGAAGAGGAACUGGUGACAAGCCUCCAGGGGCAAGUAGAUUAAAAAGGGUGAGGGGCACGGACAGGCAAGACACUGGAAAAGUUGAUGUGUGCUGGGAAACACUUGGUUUGGAAAAGUUGGUUAGUUAUCAAUUGGGGUGAGAAUUAAAAAAAAAAUCUGCUUUUAAAAAUACGGUGCCAACAGCUCGAGUGGUUUCUGCUGUGCCAUACCCAUGCAACCCUCGUCUCACAUUGCUGUCUGCCACUCAUCUCUUUGGGGUUUUUGGGUUUUAUUUGAAGAAGCGAGGCAUUUGUGUCAAAGGAAACCCACACUAGUGUGGUUCUGCCUCAGGAGUGACGUGUAUUGAGUUUGCUCAGUUUUAAAAGAUGCUGUCCAUGUGGGAGAAGCUAAAACUGAGGAAUCGAUGGAUUGGACACUACAGUGCCAGAGUCGACCUAUCCUGUUAGCAAUUAAAAAUAACGUUUAUUGUAAAGUUGGCUCCUUGUCGACUGUAUAGCAGUUGCUCAAGCACUAGAUUUAAAAUGUAAAUUUCAAACAUAUAGCUUUUGUGUCUAGGGAAAUGCUUCAAAUAAUAAAGCCCUACUGCUUUUUCA